AUAACCUCAAUUUACGGUACAAGUUAGGUUAAAUGUACUGGCGCGGAUUUGAAAGCGUUACCCUGUGGAGCGUUAUAAUCUAACGAAUCAUUUACAAGAACAGUUUCUUUGAAAAUAUCUUUAGUGGUCAUCAAAUCACAUAAUACUUUAAAUCAUACAAAUAAUAUGGCUCCGACAACCAGAUCUGGCACAAAACCCAGAAGUGAAAUAGUAAGUGAUAAAAAAUCGCCAAAGGCUAUUAAAAAGAAGGUCCAAGCCAAGAAACCAUCAGUGAAAAAGACAGCUAAGGCAGAGAAGCCUCCAAGUAAAGAGACAACAGUUGAAAAUGAAAUUGUUGAUAAUCCAGAGGUCACUGAAGAAGAAUCUACCAAUGGAACUGAAUCUACUAAGGAACAAUCACCAAAAGGCACUAAGAGGAAGCCCCAACCUAAGAAAGUUGCUGGAAAAAAAACAGCUGGGUUAAAAAAAAAGCCAAGUGAAGAGUUGAAAGCUGAGACUGAAGUUGGAGAUGAUGAGGAUGUCUCUGAGAAAGAAUCUACCAAUGGAACUGAAUCUACUAAGGAACAAUCACCAAAAGGCACUAAAAGGAAAGCUCAACCGAAGAAAGCUGCUGGAAAAAAAACAGCUGAGGGAAAAAAAAGUGGGGAGUCUAAAGUUGAGAAUGAAACUGAAGACAAUCAAGAGGUCACUGAGAAAGAAUCUGCUAAAGAAGUAUCGCCAAAAGGCAUUAAAAGGAAGCCUCAACCGAAAAAAGUUGCUGGAAAAAAAGGAAGUGAGGGAAAAAAACCUUCCAGUAAGAGGGCCAAAGUUGAAAAUGAUGAUGCUGUGGAGAAUGAAGAAGAACCUGCGGAAGAAAGUAAAGAAGUAACCGAGGAACCCUCAUCAAAUGUAACUGAAAAGAAAUCACAGCCCAAAAAGCAAGCCAACAAAAAAGGAGUUAAAAAUUCAGGUGAAGAAGCGAAAUCUAAACCUGAGGAAGAAGUCGAGAAAGAAUCUGGAACUGAUGCAGAAACUAUUUAUGAAUUUAGUGUGAAAGACAUCGAUGGUAAUGACGUGUCUAUGGAAAGGUACAAGGGCCAUGUUUGUAUCAUCGUUAACGUUGCAUCAAAGUGUGGUCAUACAAAAAGUAAUUACGAACAGUUUGUUGAACUCCACAAUAAAUAUGCAGAAUCAAAGGGUCUUAGAAUACUCGCUUUUCCAUGCAACCAGUUCGGUUCACAAGAAUCGGGAAGUUGUGAAAAAAUCAAAGCUUUCGCUGAAAACAAAGGAGUAGAAUUUGAUAUGUUUGACAAAAUAAAUGUUAACGGUAAGAAUGCCAACCCACUGUGGCAGUUCCUCAAGGAAAAACUACCAGAAGUGUCUUCCGGCAAAGCAACUGGAAAGGAUAUAAAAUGGAAUUUCACUAAGUUUAUUGUUAAUAAGGAAGGAGUUCCCGUGGAACGAUACGCUUCCAGCACCAAACCUUUGGAUUUGGUGGAAUCUCUGGAGAAGUUAUGGUAGUAGGAUUAAUUUGUAUCUUUCAUUUUUGAAAAUAUUUGUUUUUAUAUAGUCGUUUCUUUUAUGUUUUGAAUUGAAGUACAAAUAAAGAUUUGAAUAAA